AUGGAUCGCAAGGGCUACGUCAUCUGCUGGCCGACCAUCAAUGCGGCCAACUGGAAUAAUCUUAUCAACCAAGACAGUAUCGGCAACGAUAUCAAGAGCUUAGACCGAGUCCGACACGUGGCGCUGGGCGUGAACGGCUCUCACAUUAUUCUUCACGGCACGAACCGGUGGCGGUACGCCAUUAGCAGCAACUAUCCUGUCCUCGACGCCAUCAUGGAUAAUCUCUCUGGUUCCAUGAACGUCACGUUUGUCGCUCUGAACCCCUGGAAAGCAAACGAGUUCCUCCUCAUCGUCGAUAACGACACGGCAUACUUUGCGCUGGACAGCCGCCUGGAGAACAUUGUCACGGAAAACUUGAGAGAGUUGGGAAUUGACUGCAACUCCGUCGUCAAGUAUAAUCCGACGCGGACGGUGGCUAAGCCACGUCCGAUACCGAACAUUAAGAACAAGGAGUUCCUGCGAGAGAUGCUGGGGCAUGCUUUUGGCGGGACUGUUGGGGCUGUGGCUGCAAGCGUCAUAACGGGCCUCGGUUUGUCUUGCACUGUGAUGUAG